UUUACUGGGUUGGUCCUAUUUCGGGAGCUUUACUUGGAACAUAUGCCUAUCACCUACUGUUUGCAGAAAAACGGCAAAGCAAGAAAUAAUCUAUUCAUUUAACUGAUAAAAAACUUAACGUGUAGAUACAUUUGAAUAGUGCAAUGUAAUCAUGUAAUAUAAAUAACAUACGGGCUUAAUUUAUUAUAUAGUCUAUAAAUGAAAAGCUAUAGUAUAAUAACCUAAUUUUUAAUAUUUUACUUGAUAAACAAUUACAUAAUAUAGAUUAUCAUCUAUUGGUCAUGUUUUCUUUUGAGUAACUUCCAGUUGUACUAGGAUGGCAGAUGUAUAAUUCGACGAUUUUUUCUCAUAUUUCUAAUAUUUGUAAAAACAAUUUAUUUAUUGCUAUUAACCGAUAAAAGACAUUAAUAAUAUGAUACAAAUUCAUUUUUUAACAAAGAAACCUAAUGUAUAAAUAAAUUAUUUGCAAUAUAACUACUUGAUAUCGAUUGUGGUACAUGAAUCGGCUGUAAACAAAGAAGAUCUGCGCCGUGUAAGUUGCGCAAUGUUCCUAUUAUAUUGUUAGAUAGAAAAAAGUUAAUAAAUAUAUUAAUUUUUAAAAGUUAAUAAAUAUAUAAAUAUAUAUUAAUUUUUGAGUUUAUUUUUCUACAUUCUUCAAUAGUACAUCCAUCAUGUUUGGAGGUACAAUUCCCUUCGCCACUUAAAAAUAGAAUAUUCGAGUGGGUAUAUUGCAAAUCUUCUUUUAAAAUGACAAAAAUUUCUAAAUAAUUUAUACGUGGCCUGAUUAUACGUGGUUUUCGUCGAUUCCUUUUUAUUGGAAGAUCAUAACCCUCGUAUUCAUCAAAUAAUAAAAAAUUAAUAAUUCUAUCCAUGUUACAUAAACACGUUUUCGUAGAUAUUUUAAAUAAAAAUCGAAACACCUUUAUUCAAAUUAAAGAGAAGUAGUAUAAUAUUUGAAAAGAUUGGUUAAGAACGACAUACACAUCAACGACAAAUAUCUUGUUGUUGGCGACACUGCUGAUUAAGUUAAUCGUCGAUUAAAGUUAAUCGGCGUUGGUCGAAGUGGCCCAUUAUGCAUGUAUAUAUACAAAGACACUCGAUUUUAUUCGCUGUGACGUUUGACUUUUCUAUUUAUAUAUUUCUGUUAUCAUUUUCACAUAAAUUCGCAUAAAUAACGUAGCGCGCACGACUAGUAGGACUGUUAUGUAAAGUUCGCUAGUGAGAGUUGCGUAUAGAGACGGAGACAAGAGAGGAGAGAUGUAAACGGCCAGAAUAAAUAAUAUGUUUUAAAAACGAGCUUCGUGUGUAAUUAAUUCCCCGUUGUAGCAAGCCUGCUACAAUUUCAGAAGUGGAAUCUCUCAAAGUCCCGUAUAAAGAAUUUUGCCGAGUGUUGCAUAACGUGUGCGCGAGGCUAGACGGGAGUGACGGAUAUCGGUUCGGAAGAUUGCGGAAGAAGAGAUUGGUUUUCUGCUGGAAGAUUCUCGCAUUGCUGUGUGCGUGUGAGUGUGAUACGUGUAAAAUCUCGCUCUGCUGUGUGCGUGCGGGUGAUAUACGUAUUCGGCAAAAAUCAAGAGUUUUGUGUGCGUGCGAGAAGAAAGAAGAACGUACGAGCGUACCGAGAAGGCGCGAAGAAGGAUGGAUCCUCACUCAUUUACGGUGUUUCAAUUAAAAAAUAUUCUACAGCGGUAUGGUUUGGCUACUUCGGGAAGAAAAACCGAGCUUGUCUUGCGAAUGCAACAAUGUGAUCCGACGGGAGCAUGGAUCGAAGAAGCGGCUAGAGCGGCUAGACAGGCUGACGUUGGUGAAGACGAAGAUGACGCACAGGCGGAUGACGUAGACGCUCAGGAACAAGAGAGGGCACAAUCGUCGUCGGGAAUGCAAUCAUUGUCAGGAAACGAUUGGCGUCAAAGAGAAGCUGCAUUAACGGUGAGAGAAAAAGCUCUUAUGCAGAAGGAAAUCGAGUUUUUGCGAAGGGAGAACGAGAUGUUGCGGUCGUCUCCUAGAAGUAUUUCCUCGACAGUAUCAAAAACCACUAUGAGCAUUAAAAACAUUAGUGAACUGCUUAGCGAAUACCAUGGUUCCAGUGACGAUUUUGAACGCUGGAAGGCUCAAGUUUAUUUAUUAAAAAAUACUUAUGAAUUGGAUGAGAAUUCUGCCAAGAUUUUGGUGAGGUCGAGACUUAAAGGAAAAGCACAGAAAUGGUAUUAUUCCCUAGCUGAUAAUUCGAUCUUGUUGGUAGACGAGCUUCUUGAGAAAAUGGACGCCAUGUUUAAUCAACCACUGGGACGACUGGAGCGGAGACGACAAUUUGAGGCCCGUAAAUGGAAGAAGACUGAAACGUUUAGUGAGUACUGUCAUGACAAGCUCAUAUUGGGAAAUCGGGUUCCUAUCGCAGAAGAUAAGAUGGUAGAUUACAUCAUCGAAGGAAUCCCGUCAGAAGAUUUACGAAAUCAAGCCCAGAUGCAUUCUUUCGAGACUGUGCCAGCGCUACUAAGAGGAUUCCGAAAAAUUAAAUUAACAAUGCCCGAAACUGCCACGCCUCGUCGCGAGUAUGUUGGAACUCUCUCUCAAUACAUCAAACCCAAGCUAGGAGUUCCUAAAACAGACAAGGAAAGUCCGAGCAAAUCAGGAGUGUCGACGCGAGGAAGCAGCAAGUGUUACAACUGUCAGGAAGUGGGCCAUCUCGCCAAGAACUUUACUGCUAAGAAGGAAGACCACAUUGAUUCUAAGGAAACGACGCCAAAGAGAAGAACGACAGAACGCCAGGUUGGAUUAAUCGUUGAUGACGGAAAGGAAUCAGCUGAGGAGGAAACGAACUUGGACGAUGAAUCGGUAUCUCAUGAGGAGAUUCACCUGGUGGAUUUGCAGAGCGGACUCAGGGAUGAGUUUAAAAAGGAUGUGGAUUUGAGUGUAAAGGGAGGCGGAAUAUGGCAGAUGCAGAAGAACACGAUGACGAUGUUCGUGGCGGAGAUCAUUGGUACUGCUAUCCUCUUGUUCAUCGGUUGCAUGGGAAGUAUCGGCGGAUUAGGAUUUGCGCCGCCUCCGCCGCUGCAACCGGCGCUCACCUUUGGUCUGACGGUGAAUCUCAUAAUUAUG